AUGAAUCUUCAGUCACAUGAUAAAUCACAAGCUGUAUGUAAUUACUUCUUGCCAUGCGAACGGAAAGAGCACAAAUGUCGCGAUCGUUUCGAAGAAGAUAAACACGCAAGAGCACCACUGUUUUCAGUCAUAAUUGAUGCCUCUGGAACAAUUAGACGAACAAAUCGGAAGCCAUUAAUAACAAAUCAAGUGAUAUCAAUUACAGAAUCAACACCUGAAGCAUUUCAUGAAUCAUCAUCAUCAAUAGAGAAACAUGUGCUAUCAGGAGAAAACAUAUUGAAAAUGACUGAAAAUAGAGAAAGUUUGAAACAAGAUUUAAGUCAUGAAAUAGGUAAACAAGAAAAACUUAUAUUAGGACACAAACAAAUACUUACUAUAGAAUGUACUACACCAUCCUAUUGGGGUUUAAACGCUCUAUCGAAACACUAUUGUGAAAUUGCUAUACCACAAAAUACAAAAGACUUUAGCGUGUUAAAUGAUCUUUUAAAUCUAACAGUUCAGACACAUGGUAAUAAAUUUGGCACAAUAUGUGAAAAAGAUCCAACGGAAUUUAUUGUUACAAAAAUUAGUCGAAUCAAAAAUGUUAAACCAUGGCAAGACUAUUGUUUUAAAAAACGAUUACAAGAGCGAAGUAAUUAG